CCCGGAGCGCGGCGGCCGGGACUGGCGACGGGGAUCUCGCCGUGGCGUCAUUGGCGUCGGCUGCGGGAGGAGGAGCACGACAGUUGAGUUAUUCUCCAAGACGGAAAACUGAGAAAAGAAGACUGCAAAAAAAAAAAAAAGCUUGUCAUUGAAGCCAGGCCUCGCCAACGAGACUCGUUGGACCUCCUUGUGUCACUUGGACCGAGCUCGAGGCCGGCGGCUACCACGAAAGGGGUUCGAUUCCGCGAAGCCUCGCUCGGCUGUGGGGAAAUAUGUCGCCAUUCUGGUGGGUGCCCCCGCCGAGGUCCGCGGGGCUCAUCAUCCGCGUGACUCGGAUGACUGCGAGAAUGGCGGCCGGCCACCUGCGGCGACUUCUCGUCCGAGGUGCGAUCCGAUGGCGGAAAACCGGAACAAUCCACCUUGAGGAAAUAGCCCACAGUGACAAGCUCAAGUCCAAAGUAGGACCAGAUUGAGGCCCGUCUAUUUUACGACGUCAACCAACCAUCUUGUCCUCCCAAUCAGCAAGACACUUCUUCACACCGUUGUGUGGCUCAAGUUCAAAAGCAGGCAGUCAACGCGGGGGCCUCUUCCUCUGUGGCCUCUCCCCAGCUGAAUAAGGAGUCGAAAGAAAAUGCGGCGGCGGCGCAGCAGCAGGUCAUGUUGGACCACAUCAAACCAUGCUGGUACUGGGACAAGAAAGAUUUAGCACACACGCCCUCUCAGUCGGAAGGCCUGGACCCGGGCACCGAAGCCCGCUACCGCAGAGAGGGAGCCCGCUUCAUAUUCGACGUGGGCACCAAACUCGGCCUACAUUACGACACACUGGCGACGGGCAUCAUCUACUUCCACCGUUUCUACAUGUUUCACUCUUUCAAGCAGUUCCCCAGAUAUGUGACGGGAGCUUGUUGUCUCUUUCUGGCGGGCAAAGUGGAGGAAACGCCCAAAAAGUGCAAAGACAUCAUCAAGACGGCGCGCAGUUUGCUCAACGAUGUGCAGUUUGCGCAGUUUGGAGAUGACCCCAAGGAGGAGGUGAUGGUGUUGGAGCGAAUUCUGCUGCAGACCAUCAAGUUUGACCUGCAAGUCGAGCACCCUUACAUGUUCCUCCUGCGUUACGUCAAGCAGCUCAAAGGGGAGAAGAAUAAAGUGUGCAAGGUGCUCCAGAUGGCCUGGACCUUCGUCAACGACAGCCUGUGCACCAUGCUGUCGCUGCAGUGGGAGCCGGAGAUCAUCGCGGUGGCCGUCAUGUACCUGGCAGGUCGCCUGUGCAAGUUCGACCUCCAGGAGUGGACGGCAAAGCAAUCGUCGCGCCGCUGGUGGGAGCAGUUUGUCCAAGACGUCCCCGUUGAGCUCCUCGAAGACAUCUGCCAUCAGAUCCUGGACUUGUACUCCCACGGCAAUAAGCCCAUCCCCCAGCAGAUGCAGGAUAAGGAGCGGGUGUCCGCUGCCCCCGUCCUGACUCCCACCCCCCCGGCGCCACCAUUAGCCGCCAACCCUCCGCCGCCUCCGCCCCCGGCCAAGAAGGCGUCCCCGCAAGGCGGGAGCCCAGCGCGACAACUCAAACGGACACAUACCUCCCCCAAGGAAGAACCAAAGCCCUCAGAACAAGCUGGAUCAAAGAUUCCUCGACUGGAGAGCCCCAUGCCGCCGCUGCCCACUUCGCAGCCGCCGCCGCCACCGGAGCGCAAACCCGCUGCCCCUGCCCCACCCACGGAAGUGGAAGCCCCGAGCGAAGCAGCCCCGCCGCCACCUCACGCGCCACCGCCUAACCAGCCCCACGCGCCCCCUCCCCUCCCUCACCGGCCACCUCCGCCGCCACCCUCCAACUACGUCAUGUCCACCACCAGCUCGUACAUGUCGGGCGAGGGCUACCAGAACCUCCAGUCCAUGAUGAAGACGGAGGCGCCCACCUAUGCGCCCCCCAUGCCACCAACCUACGCCCCCCCAAUGCCACCCUACCACGUGUACCCGCCGCCCAGCGCCCCACCACCGUCCCAUCCUCCACCUGCGGGCUACCCGCCGCCCACAAUGCCUCCUAGCUACCCGCCGCCGGGCUACACCAACUUUCCUCCCCCGCCACACAUGCCGCACACCCACGUACCCCCGCCCAUUGGCCUCCCCCCUGCCGGAUACCCGCCCCCGCCCGUGCCGCAAGGCCAGCCACAGGUGCCCCUGCCCCCGCCACCUGGCAUGCCCAUGAACCGUGGUGGAUGGAUGAGAUGAAAUGAGAUUAAUUUCAGCCGAUAGAGCCGGUCUAAUUUUUUGGAGUGUGUUGUUGACACCGUGUCGUGGUUUAGGUCGACCAGGUGGGAUUUUCUGCCCUUGUGUGCCUUAAGUUAGCAAGGCACGGUUCUGCUUCUCACCUUUGGGGAUGUGUCAAAUUGGCAUUUUGGGAAAAGUCAUUUGCAUUUUUUGUUCAGUUUUCUUACACCUAGGUUAGGGACCAACACUUGACAGGAAUAGUAGCUGUAUAGACAGAGGCGAGGCCCACUAGCCACAAAUUGUACAACGUGAGAAUAAUCAGUCUUCCCAGAAAUUUUCAAAAUUGGUAUCCGAGAUGGCUUGUUGUGUUUUAUUUUGCCAUUGUGAAAUGUCUAAACUGUUUCUGGUGUUGCCACAAGGGUGCAGUGUUGGUGCAAAAAUGAAGCAGACAGGAGCACUGUUGUAUCAACAAGUAGUUUUAUUUUCUCUUCUGAUUCUAAACGUGGCCUAGUCAGUCAGCCAGCUGCGAUCCGCUCAGAUGCGUUGAGAAGGACAGGAAGACAUUGAUGACAUUACGGUCAUGCUAGUGAGUGUCAGCGCUGUUGAUUAGACAAGUGUUCCAAAUUUAAAACACAACUCCAAAUGUCUAUGUACAUUUUUUGACAAGAGAAUCAUGGCUUCCAAUCACUUACUAGAAAAAAAAGGACACUUUUUACCAAGAGUUAUUAAAUUAAUAUUAGGGCCACACUGAAGAGGGAAGCAGAACUGGAGGGAAAAAAUCACUAUAUAUAUUAAUACUGAAGACCUUGUUUAAAAGAAAAGCGGUAAAAUUGACUUCAUGUGUUCAGUUUGUUGUACAGCGAACAAUUGUGAGUGUUUGUGAAGAAAUGUUCUCGUCAGGGCUUUUGCCGACAUUUGUGAACUUUGACAUAAACUUAUAGUUUGCUACAGUCACAAUUGUUUGCUAAUCCUUUUGUUUUUUUUAGGAGUGUGGCCCUAAUACUGCUUGCUUAGAAUGAAAUGUGUACAUGUUUGUUUGGGGUUGUUUUUGCACGUCUCAUUGCAAACUCUUGUUUCUGACAUCAAGAAGAGAACUUGUUAAAGGAAUGCUUCAUUUAUUUAGCCAAUUUCAGCAGUAAAACUGUUUGCCUCUUGCUGUUGACUGAAAAUGAGGUCCUGGAUUUAGGGGUCAGCAAAUGACCAUUCAUGGCUCAUGUGACAUUUGUAAGCGGAGAUGUGAUUGGUCAUUUCCUGAGUCCUGAGGUCAUGUGAUGUCAUUUUAAGUUGAUGUAAAAGAAAAUGUUACUUUAAAUGAUACUUUAUUUAAUUGUUCAUGAGAAUUUGUUGUAGACCAAAUUUGAACAUUUUACUGCUGAGAAUGGCCUGAAUAAGAAAAGCAUCCCUUAAAGAUUUUGCGAUUGAGACACUGGUCAGAACCACAAAAGGUUAACAAGAACAUGCACAGCGUCAACAGUCUUGUAGCAAACGCGACACCGACCUGAGAACGUGAUUGUCGAGCAUGCACACAGCAUCCAUUUGGGCUCGUUUCAGUAGACACGGUGACAAAUAGUAUUCACAAUGUGUAGCUUGUGUGGUAAACAGUCUCUGUUGGAACCAAAAGUCAAAUGCUAACAGUGACAAUGUUAACUGUAAACGAGCCCAAAAGGUGCCAAAGCCCCCUUCCCCACCGUGGGCAGCAAAUGUCAACGUUUGCUGCUCUGAGGACAGGGGCCUUAAGUCAGUGGAUCCACACCACUUAACACAACCAAAGCAUUUUACACUAGCAAUAAACAUGACAGGGCAAAUAAUUCAUAAACAAUAACUACAAUUUCCAAAGUUAGGCUACACCUAAAUCUUAGAUGUCUUUAUUGCAUUAACUAACAAGAACCCGUUACAGUCAAAACGUAAGUGUACUCUGAGGAGAUGUAGUGCCCAGUAGGGGGCACUACAGUAGCUCAUAUCAAAAUGGUAAGAUGUGUGCGGCACCUGUGCUUGAACCCACGCAGCGUUGGUACCUCUGGCCCACAACCCAAUGUCAACUGACUGCAACACUGUGGGAAAGUCCAAAACUCUUAUGCGAUACGCAGUGUUGUGGAUAGUAUUCUGUUUUUUUUUUUUUUUUUUUUUCCCUCCUCUCCAAUGUUUUACCAGGUAGAGCAAUUGAGGAAAAUGUUCUCAAUUGAUUUCCCUGGUAAAACAUUGAUGCUGUCACCAGCUGGCAUUAUUACAUGGGCCCCUUGAACUGGUUGCCGGACAGAUGCUGGCGAAUGGACAGUUUGGAGCCAGCUGCAUCACCCAACUUCCUCCACACGACCUGCAAUUGAAACGAAUAAAGGUUUUUUUUCCCCUCUAA